CUGAGUUUGAAGGGACUUAAAGUUGUCGAUGUUUAUCAAGGCUGGUGUGGCCCCUGUAAACCUGUGGUGAGCCUCUUCCAGAAGAUGAGGAUCGAAGUUGGCCUGGACUGCCUGCAUUUUGCAUUAGCAGAGGCAGACUGCCUUGAUGUGCUUGAAAAGUAUCGAGGGAAGUGUGAGCCGACCUUUCUGUUUUAUGCAGGAGGACAACUGGUGGCCGUGGUUAGAGGGGCAAACGCCCCACUGCUGCAGAAAACCAUCCUGGACCAGCUGGCGGCAGAGGAGAGGGUGCUGACUGAAGGCAGAGAACGGACAGUGAUCAAAGAUGAGGCUCUGACUGAGGCAGAUGACUGUUGUUCUCACGAAAAGGACGAUGGUGAAGAUGAGGACAUGGUUUCAGUGGGGAAGACUUGUACCUUGGCCAUCAUUAAACCAGAUGCAGUGGUACAUGGAAACACUGAUGAGAUCAUUAUGAAGAUCCAAGAAGCUGGGUUUGACAUUUUAACCAAUGAAGAGAGAACCAUGACAGAGGCAGAAAUGCGGCUUUUCUACCAGCACAGAGCUGGAGAGGAAGCAUUUGAGAAACUGGUCCAUCACAUGUGCAGUGGACCAAGCCAUCUCCUGAUUCUCACCAGGACUGAGGGUACUGAGGAUGUGGUCACCGCCUGGCGAGCCCUCAUGGGACCCUGUGAUCCUGAUGUGGCCAGGAGGGAGCAACCCGACAGUCUCCGUGCUCGUUACGGCACAGAAAUGCCUUUUAAUGCUGUCCAUGGAAGCCGGGACCAAGAAGAUGCCAACAGAGAACUGGCACUGCUCUUCCCCAGUCUCAAGGUUUCAGCCAGAGGGGCAGAAACUCCUCAGGGCAGCCAGGUCCCAGGACUGGCGGGUCCCACCGAGUCGCUGGGCUUCGAAGACUGA